CCACUGCCGUGCCUCAGUUAGCUGUUUUCUCCUCCAGCUCCCGUGUCGGCGGGCGGCGUGGCGCCCCCAGAGGGGGCCAUGUCUAACGGGGUUUACGUAUUGCCAAGCGCGGCCAACGGAGACGUGAAGCCGGUCGUGUCCAGCACGCCUCUGGUGGACUUCCUGAUGCAGCUGGAGGAUUACACGCCUACGAUCCCAGAUGCAGUGACUGGCUACUACCUGAACCGUGCUGGCUUCGAGGCCUCUGACCCACGCAUAAUUCGGCUCAUCUCUCUAGCUGCCCAGAAAUUCAUCUCAGAUAUUGCCAACGAUGCCCUACAGCACUGCAAAAUGAAGGGCACAGCCUCUGGCAGCUCCCGAAGCAAAAGCAAGGACCGCAAGUAUACUCUAACCAUGGAGGACUUGACCCCUGCCCUCAGCGAGUAUGGCAUCAAUGUGAAGAAGCCGCACUACUUCACCUGAGCCACCCAACCUAAAUGUACUUGUCCGUCCCCUUGUCCCCACACCAGCCUGUUUUCAUAAUAAACUUUAUUGUGACA